AAAGCAUCUUAAGAGCAUUACACAGCACAUUUGAAAUAUAGAUAUCCAGAUUCCAGCUUAUAGAGAGACAGACACCAACUAUUGUUGCCAUAUAUCAAUAAUAUAAUAUACUUUUAAUUUAAAUGCUUUCAUUUAUACCUUUACUUAGUGUGGUGAUAUUUAGCUGUAAUGAUUGUGUAGGCCCACAGGGUGUCACUGUGGGCUGGUAUAUGCUUGAAUAGCGAGGUACGCGAAAAAGCCCAUGUUAGGGAGUUGUUGAAAGAGUUUCCCGAAUGAUGUUCAAAUAAAACCCUUCACCAAGUCACAAAUGAAAGUCUCUGUGAGCUUCAUGACACGGUGUCAGAAGUGGGAUGUCCUAGCAGCUUGAGAGAAGACGGACCUUUGGAACAGUGACAUGGCGAAGCUUCAUGCACCUGAGUCGUUCGACUUCACCCAGCCUUCGGCGUGGCCGGCCUGGAAGCAGCGCUUUUCUCGAUAUCGGAUCGCUACGAAGCUCGACCAGGAGAGCGGGGAAGUACAAGUAAAUACUCUCUUAUAUGCUAUGGGACAAGAUGCAGAGCCCAUAUUCAGCACGUUUACAUUCCCAGAAGAGGAAGAUGAAGAUUAUGACUAUUAUGAAACAGUGGUAGGGAAGUUUGAGGAACACUUUGUGCCCAAGAGAAAUACCAUACACGAGCGUGCAUGUUUCCACAAAUACUCUCAGCAAAAGGGAGAGAGUGUGGAGGCAUUUGUGAGACAUCUUUAUGAACUAGCACAACAUUGUGAGUUUGGAACUACAAAGGACGAGCAGAUAAGAGAUCGUAUUGUCAUCGGGAUCGCGGACAUUGAAGUGUCGCAGAAAUUACAAUUGGAGCCAGACUUAACGCUGGAAAAAGCCAUCAGUGUGGCUCGACAGUCUGAACUCAUCAAAGUGCAAAAUGCUCGUGAUCGACCUACUGAAAAUGAAUUCCUGCGGGUAACCAAACACUACCUGCCCCACCUGGCACGUCUCUGUCUCAUCAGCACCUUCCUGGAAGAUGGCAUCCGCAUGUGGUUCCAGUGGAAUGAGCAGAGAGACUACAUCGAGGCUACCUGGAACUGUGGCUACUUUCUGGCUACUUGCUUUGUGCUGCUUAACCUCAUUGGACAGCUGGGUGGUUGUGUGCUUAUCCUCAGUAGAAAUUUUGUACAGUAUGCCUGCUUUGGAUUAUUUGGCAUCAUAGCGCUACAGACAGUUGCAUACAGCAUUUUAUGGGACCUUAAAUUUUUGAUGAGGAACCUUGCCCUUGGAGGGGGUCUGCUCCUGCUGCUGGCUGAGUCUCGUUCAGGGGGAAAGAGCAUGUUUGCUGGAGUCCCCUCCAUGGGAGAGAGUUCGCCAAAGCAGUACAUGCAGCUGGGCGGUCGAGUCCUGUUAGUGCUCAUGUUCAUGACUCUACUACACUUUGACUCCAGCUUUUUCUCUAUCCUGCAGAACAUGGUGGGGACUGCCCUUAUCAUUCUGGUGGCCAUCGGCUUCAAAACCAAGUUGGCGGCAUUGACCCUUGUCCUGUGGCUUCUGGCCAUCAAUGUCUAUUUCAAUGCUUUCUGGACCAUCCCCGCCUACAAGCCCAUGCACGACUUCCUCAAGUACGACUUCUUCCAGACCACCUCGGUCAUCGGUGGCUUGCUGCUAGUAGUGGCCCUUGGGCCUGGCGGAGUGUCCAUGGAUGAGAAAAAGAAAGAGUGGUAGGCAAAGGGGGUUGAAAUAAGAGGAUUGCACAGCACCACUAACCACCCUGACCACCGGGACACAAAGACCCUCUCUGUACUCCCCACUGGGGUACACAGUUUUUUAUCCUUGCUUUUUUCUAAUUUGGCCAAAUCCAGACACAAUUUCAUCUCGAUCAUUGGACUUUUUUUUUAAAUUUCAUCCCAAUUGAUGGUUUUUUUUUGUUUUUUUUUUUUUUUAGUUGACCAUAAUAAUGACAUUCUUUCCUUUCACCUUCCUUAAAUGUCCUCUUUUAUCAUGACAACAGUUAUUACAGAAGGCCCUAUGUAUUUCUGAGAAAACAAUGAAUAGAUGGCAAGUGGAAGAAAAAUGUAUUUGCUCUGUUCAAGAAUGAAAAGAGGUUGUUAUGUUAUAUGGGUCUUAUGCCAAACAUUGUCAUAGACUGAUUUUCUGAAGAGUUCAGCAGUGUGUGCUCCCCCAAUGGAUGCUGGUCUUGUUCUGUCCGCCAGAUCUUGGGAGUGUCUGAGACUGAUUUGACAUCUGUACACUUUCACUCACAGCUGAUUGUUGUUCCUGAGGAGCUGAAUCUCUGUGUUGUGGUGGCGGGGGCAUGUACACUGUAUACGAAGUGGUGGAUUGCAGUCAUUCUUGAUUGAAAAUUUCAUCACAGUUGUUAGCUGCAGGACUUGUUAUUGGGCACUUUGUACUGUACGUCUCUGGCAAAUGCCUAACUAGUGAACUGUAUAUGAUCGGGGUUUAUAAGUGGGGAGACUCGACAUCCGUGAAACACCGUAUUCUGCGAUCUAGAAAAGCAGAGAGGACUAAGCAGAGCCACUAGCCACCUGGACUUGGUCUUUGCUCAGUGUUGUUUGCCCUGUUAAGAAAAUUAAAAAAUAUAUUCAGUGUAUUGAUUUUCAGAAGUUUAUAUUGUAUUUUUGAUCUUUUUUUUCUGAUUUUGGAAGUUCAUGGCGAAGAAAUAAAAAUUCAGAAUUAUAAAGUCUCAGUCUAGGUUUUCAGGUCUUAUGAUGCUCUAAGAGGAUGAAGGACACUGGGGGACCAGAUAGUCAAGCCUGUGUAAAUUUUCUACUAAUGAAGCCCAUGGAGUACAAACAUGCAGUACUGUAUACACGUAGACCAUGGGAGGACUUGUUGGAUAUCACAGACAUUAAGUAUACAUAGGUUUUGGACUGGACAGGUGCUGACAUCAGCCUCCACUGACAGGAGAGUGAUUUAAAGAGCAAAUACUGACCUCUAAUGGACUGCUGCAGUACACGUUCACUGCACUGGAGCAUUUGAUCUUUUUCAGCCAUGUUGAUUCACUUGAUGGCUCUGCUACAUACAAUAUGUAAAGAUCUCAAGACAUUUGUGUUUUGAUUGCUGCGAUGAUCAGAAAAGCACUUUUGAGUGUUGUUUAAAGUGCUAACUUCUGAAAAUAACAGCAAUUAUGUUCUUGCCAGACAAACACAACUUAAACCUAUGCUUUUAUA